AUGUUAGAAGGUGCAAAAUCAAUGGGUGCCGGAGCUGCUACAAUUGCUUCAGCGGGAGCUGCUGUCGGUAUUGGAAACGUGUUCAGUUCUUUGAUCCAUUCCGUGGCGCGAAAUCCCUCAUUGGCUAAACAAUCAUUUGGUUAUGCCAUUUUGGGCUUUGCUCUAACCGAAGCUAUUGCAUUGUUUGCUCCAAUGAUGGCCUUUUUGAUCUCAUUCGUAUUCCGA